AUGCAACUCGCUAACCUAUCCGACGACGGUUCCUGGCGGAGACUCCACAGUGACCUCGUGAACACAACCCCGACUGCAGACACACCAUGGGCAGCCCGCGCAGCACUUGACCUCUCGCCCGUCCCCAAAAAGUACAAUGCUGGAAAACGAAAUUACAAUCCAGAAAGCCUGCUUCUUGCUUACAAGGCAGUUAAAGAAAAGGGUAUGAAAAUUAAAACUGCUGCGCGCAAUUUCGGAGUUCCGACUCAAACAUUGAGGGAUCGCGUUAAGGGUCUUGUAAACGCAGAGAAUCCAAAUGAACGAUGGAGAGCUAUGACCCAAGAAGAAGAAGAAACCCUAAUUGAGCGCAUCACAACGUUGUCCCAGUUAGGGUAUGGUAUAACCAAUACCAAACUUAAACAGCUGGCCGGCGAAUUGCUUCACGAACUUGGAAGAAAACCGGAUAACAAACCAAUGAGCAACACCUGGCUCUACGGGUUUAGAAAAAGGUGGGACCAAAGAAUAGUUUCAUUAAAGCCGAGAGCAUUAGACACCAACCGCGUCAAGUCAACAACCCCAGAAGCGUUAGAGCAGUAUUUCAAGAAUUUAGAAAUUUCCCUUCAGAAACGCAAUCUCCUAGACAAGCCACAUCUUAUAUACAACAUUGACGAAACUGGAAUUCAGCCUAAACACAGACCACCCAAUGUUAUCGCUCCCGUCGGCAGCAAACCACAGGCCAUAACUUCUCCCAGAUCCACAACAACAACCGUUAUCGCGUGCGCUAAUGCCUCAGGAAACUCACUCCCACUCUAUUUUGUUUUCAAAGGCAAAAGGUAUAACCCCGAGUUGAUGAAAGGUACGUCUCCGGGAGCCAGAGGGGUCAUGUCAGACUCCGGAUGGUCUCACGGUGACGUAUUUCUUGAGUACCUGAAGACGCACUUCCUUGAGCACGUCCCUGCCCUUGGACCACAGCAGUCAGUUCUUGUUAUCUACGACGGCCACGCAUCUCACGUGAAUCAAGAGCUGAUUGAUUGGGCAAGCAAAAAUCGAGUGGUUUUGUUUGUGCUACCACCACACACAUCUCAUGUGCUUCAACCCUUGGAUGUUGGUAUCUUUGGGCCUUUUAAAUCUUACUACUACAGUGAAUGCGCGUCUUUCAUGAAUGCUCAUAUGGGGCAGAAAAUUACUCGUUUCGACAUGGCUAAGUUAGCAUGUAAGGCAUACCUGAAGGCCAUGACGCCGCUCAAUAUCCAGUCGGCAUUCAGGAAAACCGGAAUACAUCCCCUGUCAAGCAACGCAAUAUCUACUAUAUAUACUAUAGCCCACAGCAUCCAAUGUAACGUCUAA